UGAAUGAAAAAUGUAAUUGCAAAUGGCUACGACCAUUGCUUUCGCAAUAUUAGGUUUUUCAUUGGUUAAUUUAACCUAAUUGUUUUUGUGUUUACUGUAAAAGUGAGUGAAAUACAUCAUUUAGCGAUCAAAUAAUACUAAAGGCGCAGCGAUGUCGCUGCCGCCGUAUUUACUGGGGCCCAAUCCCUGGGCAACCAUGAUGGCGCAGCAGCAGUUGGCGGCAGCGCAGCAGGCGGCUUUGCAAGCCCACGCUGCCGCCGCUGCGGCUGCGCCACCGGUGCCUCCGGCGCAGCCCCCUAAGCCCCAUCAUAUACCCGAAGAAAAGAUAAAGGAGAAAGCUCAAAAAUGGAUGCAACUCCAAUCAAAGCGCUUUGCCGAAAAGCGCAAGUUUGGUUUCGUGGAUGCACAGAAGGAAGACAUGCCUCCCGAACACAUUCGAAAGAUCAUCAGAGACCAUGGAGACAUGACCAGUCGCAAAUACAGACACGACAAGCGUGUCUAUCUUGGAGCAUUGAAAUACAUGCCUCAUGCAGUCAUGAAACUUCUUGAGAACAUGCCUAUGCCAUGGGAACAGAUUCGCGAUGUUAAAGUUCUUUACCACAUCACUGGGGCCAUCACCUUCGUCAAUGAAAUCCCGUGGGUAAUAGAACCAGUUUACAUAGCUCAAUGGGGCACAAUGUGGAUCAUGAUGCGUAGGGAGAAACGUGACCGUAGGCAUUUCAAGCGGAUGAGAUUCCCGCCAUUUGACGACGAGGAACCACCUCUAGAUUAUGCUGACAAUAUCCUGGAUGUAGAACCUCUUGAGCCCAUUCAGAUUGAACUGGACCCAGAAGAAGAUGGAGCUGUCGCGUCGUGGUUUUACGAUCACAAGCCUUUAUUAGGUACUAAGCAUGUCAACGGUUCCACAUACAGAAAAUGGAACCUGACUUUACCUCAGAUGGCGACCUUAUACCGUCUUGGAAAUCAGUUACUGACUGACUUAGUAGACGACAACUAUUUCUACCUCUUUGAUUCCAAGAGUUUCUUCACCGCUAAAGCCUUAAAUAUGGCGAUCCCCGGAGGACCGAAGUUCGAACCUCUUGUUAAGGAUAAUUCAGCGGGUGACGAAGAUUGGAAUGAAUUCAAUGACAUCAACAAGAUUAUCAUUCGGCAGCCAAUCCGUACUGAGUACAGAAUCGCUUUCCCGUACUUGUACAACAACUUGCCGCACUUCGUUCAACUGUCCUGGUACCACACACCGAACGUCGUAUACAUCAAAACUGAGGAUCCCGAUCUACCUGCAUUCUACUUCGAUCCUCUCAUCAAUCCCAUCUCUCAUCGCCACUCAGUCAAGUCUUUAGACCCACUGCCUGAUGAAGAAGAGUAUGUGUUAGCUGAAGAUGUGACUCCAUUCUUGCAAGAAACCGCGCUGUACACUGACAAUACGGCUAAUGGAAUUGCUUUAUUGUGGGCGCCAAGGCCUUUUAACAUGCGAUCAGGACGCACACGACGUGCUAUCGACGUUCCUCUUGUUAAGACUUGGUACAAGGAACAUUGCCCGCCUGGACAACCCGUAAAAGUGAGGGUCUCGUACCAAAAACUUCUGAAAUAUUAUGUGCUGAAUGCAUUGAAGCAUAGACCACCAAAGCCGCAGAAGAAAAGGUACUUAUUCCGCUCAUUCAAGUCAACUAAGUUCUUCCAAACCACAACUUUGGACUGGGUUGAAGCUGGUCUCCAAGUAUGUCGCCAAGGUUACAACAUGCUGAACUUGCUCAUCCAUCGCAAAAACUUGAACUAUCUGCAUUUGGAUUACAACUUUAACCUGAAGCCAGUCAAGACUUUAACCACAAAGGAGAGAAAGAAGUCGCGGUUUGGUAAUGCUUUCCAUUUAUGCCGUGAAAUCCUACGUCUAACUAAACUGAUCGUCGACUCCCACGUACAAUACCGUCUGAACAACGUGGACUCCUUCCAACUGGCUGACGGUCUUCAAUACAUCUUUGCUCACGUUGGCCAGCUGACCGGCAUGUACCGCUACAAGUACAAGCUCAUGAGACAGAUCAGGAUGUGCAAGGAUCUUAAGCAUCUGAUCUACUAUCGGUUUAAUACGGGUCCAGUAUCAAAGGGACCUGGCUGCGGUUUCUGGGCUCCAGGAUGGCGAGUAUGGUUGUUCUUUAUGCGUGGUAUAACUCCAUUGCUUGAACGCUGGCUCGGAAACUUGCUGUCGAGGCAAUUCGAAGGCCGACACUCCAAAGGUGUAGCAAAGACAGUCACGAAGCAGCGCGUCGAGUCUCACUUCGACCUUGAAUUGCGUGCGUCCGUCAUGCACGAUAUCGUUGAUAUGAUGCCUGAAGGUAUCAAACAGAACAAGGCCAGGACUAUCCUGCAGCAUCUGUCUGAGGCCUGGAGAUGCUGGAAAGCUAAUAUUCCUUGGAAGGUGCCCGGUCUCCCAACACCGAUAGAGAACAUGAUUCUCCGUUACGUAAAGAUGAAGGCCGACUGGUGGACAAACACCGCCCACUACAACCGUGAGCGUAUUCGUCGCGGCGCUACCGUCGACAAAACCGUGUGUAAGAAGAAUCUGGGACGACUCACGAGGUUAUACCUCAAGGCUGAGCAGGAGAGGCAGCAUAACUAUUUGAAGGAUGGUCCAUACAUUUCUCCCGAAGAAGCCGUAGCCAUUUACACUACAACAGUACAUUGGCUCGAGUCGCGUCGCUUCGCCCCCAUUCCGUUCCCGCCACUUUCCUACAAGCACGAUACUAAACUUCUCAUCCUAGCGCUGGAGAGAUUGAAGGAAGCUUACAGUGUUAAGUCCAGGCUCAAUCAGAGCCAGAGAGAGGAGUUAGGUCUCAUAGAACAGGCUUAUGAUAAUCCUCACGAGGCGUUGUCGAGAAUCAAGCGUCAUUUGCUCACACAGAGGACGUUUAGAGAGGUUGGUAUAGAAUUCAUGGACCUAUACUCCCACUUGGUGCCCGUAUACGACGUUGAGCCUUUAGAAAAGAUUACGGACGCCUAUCUCGACCAAUACUUGUGGUAUGAGGCUGACAAACGACGCUUGCUGCCACCAUGGGUGAAGCCAGCGGACACUGAACCAUCGCCGCUACUCGUGUAUAAAUGGUGUCAAGGUAUAAACAACCUGCAAGAUGUAUGGGAGGUCGGCGAAGGCGAAUGCAACGUCCUUCUAGAGUCACGAUUCGAGAAGUUGUACGAAAAGAUAGAUUUGACGCUACUCAAUCGACUUCUUCGUCUUAUUGUUGACCACAAUAUCGCUGACUACAUGACUGCUAAGAACAACGUCAUUAUUAAUUACAAGGACAUGAACCACACAAACUCAUAUGGUAUAAUCCGAGGUCUUCAAUUCGCCUCUUUCAUAGUCCAGUACUAUGGUUUGGUACUGGACUUGCUUGUGCUUGGUCUGCAAAGAGCCAGUGAGAUGGCGGGUCCACCACAACUGCCCAACGACUUCUUGUCGUACCAAGACAGACAAACAGAAACUGCGCAUCCGAUCAGACUGUAUUGCAGAUAUGUGGAUAGAAUUCAUAUAUUCUUCAGGUUUACUGCAGAAGAAGCUCGUGACCUGAUCCAACGAUACCUGACUGAGCAUCCUGACCCUAACAAUGAAAACAUUGUCGGGUAUAACAAUAAGAAGUGCUGGCCCAGAGAUGCGCGUAUGCGUCUUAUGAAACAUGAUGUCAACCUUGGCCGAGCUGUAUUCUGGGAUAUAAAGAACCGUCUGCCUCGUUCAGUCACCACCAUUCAGUGGGAGAACAGUUUCGUUUCUGUUUAUUCAAAGGACAAUCCCAACUUGCUGUUCAACAUGGCUGGCUUUGAGUGCAGGAUACUGCCAAAGUGCCGCAGUCAACACGAAGAGCUCUGUCAUCGUGACGGCGUAUGGAAUCUACAGAAUGAAGUGACAAAAGAACGAACUGCUCAGUGCUAUCUUCGUGUCGACGACGAGUCCCUAGCUCGCUUCCAUAACAGAGUCCGACAGAUUCUCAUGGCGUCAGGCUCUACUACCUUCACGAAGAUUGUCAACAAGUGGAAUACAGCGCUUAUUGGUCUGAUGACAUACUUCCGUGAGGCUGUAGUCAACACACAGGAGCUUCUCGAUCUGCUUGUGAAAUGCGAGAACAAGAUCCAAACUCGUAUAAAGAUCGGUCUCAAUUCCAAAAUGCCUUCCCGUUUCCCGCCCGUCGUGUUCUACACACCUAAGGAGCUGGGAGGACUGGGAAUGUUGUCUAUGGGUCAUGUCUUGAUUCCGCAGUCUGAUCUCCGCUGGUCUAAACAAACGGACGUGGGCAUCACACAUUUCCGUUCGGGUAUGUCGCACGACGAAGACCAACUGAUUCCCAACUUGUACCGCUACAUCCAGCCGUGGGAGGCCGAGUUCGUCGACUCGCAGCGCGUGUGGGCAGAGUACGCACUCAAGAGGCAGGAGGCUAACGCGCAGAAUAGACGUCUUACCUUGGAAGAUCUAGAAGAUUCGUGGGACAGAGGUAUUCCUCGUAUCAAUACACUGUUCCAGAAAGACAGGCACACACUUGCUUACGACAAAGGAUGGCGUAUUCGUACCGAAUUCAAACAAUAUCAGGUCCUAAAGCAGAAUCCUUUCUGGUGGACUCACCAACGGCACGACGGUAAACUCUGGAACCUUAACAACUACCGUACUGAUAUGAUACAAGCACUAGGAGGAGUAGAAGGCAUUCUCGAGCACACCUUAUUCAAGGGCACCUACUUCCCCACCUGGGAGGGUCUCUUCUGGGAGAAAGCAUCAGGUUUCGAAGAGUCGAUGAAGUACAAGAAGCUGACCAAUGCUCAGCGUUCUGGUUUGAACCAGAUUCCCAACCGUCGUUUUACUUUAUGGUGGUCACCUACCAUCAACAGAGCCAACGUGUAUGUCGGUUUCCAGGUACAACUGGAUUUAACUGGUAUUUUCAUGCACGGCAAGAUUCCAACGCUAAAGAUUUCGCUCAUUCAAAUCUUCAGAGCUCACUUGUGGCAGAAAGUCCACGAGUCUAUCGUCAUGGACUUGUGUCAGGUAUUCGAUCAAGAGCUAGACGCAUUAGAAAUCGAGACAGUACAGAAGGAAACCAUCCAUCCUCGUAAAUCUUACAAGAUGAACUCGUCAUGCGCCGACAUCUUGCUAUUCUCUGCCUACAAAUGGAAUGUAUCAAGACCGUCUUUACUCGCCGACACCAAAGACACAAUGGACAAUACCACAACACAGAAGUAUUGGCUUGACAUCCAGUUGCGUUGGGGAGACUACGACUCGCACGAUGUGGAGAGAUACGCUCGUGCUAAGUUCUUGGACUACACCACAGAUAACAUGUCUAUAUACCCCUCGCCCACUGGGCUGCUCAUCGCUAUAGAUCUUGCGUAUAACCUGCACAGUGCUUAUGGUAACUGGUUCCCUGGAUGCAAGCCCUUAAUCCAGCAGGCAAUGGCGAAGAUUAUGAAGGCGAACCCAGCUUUAUAUGUAUUGCGCGAACGUAUCCGUAAAGCAUUACAACUGUACUCGUCCGAGCCCACUGAACCGUACCUAUCCAGUCAGAACUACGGUGAACUGUUCUCCAAUCAAAUUAUUUGGUUCGUUGACGACACGAAUGUAUACCGUGUUACUAUCCACAAAACAUUCGAGGGUAACUUGACGACCAAACCCAUCAACGGCGCUAUUUUCAUCUUCAACCCGCGUACAGGACAACUGUUCUUGAAGAUCAUUCACACCAGCGUGUGGGCCGGACAGAAACGUCUUGGACAGCUCGCUAAAUGGAAAACCGCCGAAGAAGUAGCAGCUUUGAUUCGUUCUCUCCCUGUUGAAGAGCAGCCUAAACAGAUCAUUGUCACCAGAAAGGGAAUGUUGGAUCCUCUCGAGGUCCACUUGCUAGACUUCCCGAACAUUGUCAUCAAGGGUUCAGAACUGCAGCUGCCUUUCCAGGCUUGUCUCAAAGUUGAGAAGUUCGGAGACCUUAUUCUUAAGGCUACAGAACCACAGAUGGUGCUAUUCAACCUCUAUGACGAUUGGCUUAAAACUAUUUCGUCAUACACGGCGUUCAGUCGUCUGAUCCUUAUCCUGAGAGCCCUCCAUGUGAACACGGAGCGCACUAAAGUCCUGCUCAAACCAGACAAGACUACACUGACAGAGCCACAUCACAUCUGGCCCACACUCAGUGAUGAUGACUGGAUCAAGGUUGAAGUGCAACUCAAGGAUCUUAUCCUUGCCGACUACGGAAAGAAGAACAAUGUAAACGUAGCGUCGCUGACACAAUCAGAAAUCCGUGAUAUAAUCUUGGGUAUGGAAAUAUCUGCGCCCUCAGCACAACGACAACAGAUUGCGGAGAUUGAGAAGCAGAGUAAAGAACAAAGUCAGCUCACUGCUACUACUACAAGAACAGUUAACAAGCAUGGAGAUGAGAUCAUUACGUCGACAACUAGCAAUUACGAGUCACAGACGUUCAGCUCCAAGACAGAAUGGCGUGUGCGUGCCAUAUCUGCGACGAACUUACAUCUUCGUACUAAUCACAUCUACGUGAGCUCGGACGACAUCAAAGAGAGUGGUUACACCUACAUCCUGCCCAAGAACUUGCUCAAGAAGUUUGUCACUAUCUCUGAUUUGAGAGCACAGAUCGCUUGCUACCUGUACGGCACGUCGCCGGCGGACAACCCGAUGGUCCGCGAGGUGCAGUGCGCGGUGGUCCCGCCGCAGUGGGGCACGCACCAGCAGGUGCACCUGCCGCGACACCUGCCCAAGCACCCCGCGCUGCAGCAUCUGCAGCCGCUCGGCUGGAUGCACACGCAGCCCAACGAGCUGCCGCAACUCUCGCCACAGGAUAUAACAACUCACGCGAAAGUAAUGGCCGAAAACCCAUCUUGGGAUGGCGAAAAGACAAUCAUUAUAACUUGCUCAUUCACACCUGGUUCAUGUUCGCUGACGGCUUACAAACUGACACCCAGCGGAUACGAAUGGGGCGCGAGAAACACCGAUAGGGGUAAUAACCCUAAAGGUUAUCUGCCCAGUCAUUAUGAAAGGGUCCAAAUGCUGUUGUCUGACAGAUUCUUGGGAUACUUCAUGGUUCCAUCGCAAGGCAGUUGGAAUUACAAUUUCAUGGGUGUUCGUCACGACCCGAACAUGAAAUACGGCGUACAGCUGGGUAACCCCCGCGAGUUCUACCACGAGGUGCACCGGCCAGCGCACUUCAUGAACUUCGCGGCUAUGGAGGACGCCGCCGCGCCCACGCUCGCCGCCGACCGCGAGGACCACUUUGCGUAGGCUACUGCCAGUGUGUUAGUUGUAAGGGAUAAUGUAAAUAAGCGAGAAUUAAAUUUUAAUAAAUUUGC